GGGUGAGGGGGAGUGGUCAGAUGAAUCGUUCAUGAUUUUUGCUGGGACGAGGAAACGCGGGAAGGAUGAAAAGAAGGCUCUGGGGAUUGUGGUUAGGGUUAACUGUGAACUUGGUGAAUGUCUUCUACUAGAAGGUUUAGGUCUCCUUUACGUUGUGUUCGUAUGCGUGGAUAGUACUAUUCACGGUGAAUUGCGAGGACUGAUUUGUGAAGAAACUGAUGUUCGGUUGGGACGAUUUGCGCAGAGGGAAAAGCGAGGAUUUGCGAGAUUGAUACGUUAUCACCAUCCCGCUAAUUUGAGAAGAUUUGCGAUGAUUUUGAAGAAAAAGACUGGUUUGCCCUGAACAAAUUGGAAAUUUCCAAACACGUAUUCAGCCAGGGUUACAAUAAAAAAUGCAUAUCCAUGAAAACGUUAUUCCCAUGCAUAGUAAAGAUAAUAUAAAAAAGUCAUUGUGCUUUCACGAGUAGGGAAGACUGUUCUUGGCCAUGUGAUAUACCACUUUCCAGUAUCCUCGCCAAUGCAUUUCUGGCGCUUGCAGCGUUCUUUUGCAGGCAUAGCAAUGUGGGGAGAUUCUCUGUUUGACUAAACAAUGCACUACAGAGGAGUUUGAAUGUGAAAACAAAGGUGUGACCACGCACACAAGACCAGAUUAAUAAGUAGUUGCUUGAUAGAUGUCUUUGGUGUGUGUUGAUGCGUGUUUGGACGUACAAAGCUAAGGGUGAAGAGGUUUCGUUCGAGCAGCUAAGGGCGACUGAGAAGUGUGGCGACUGAGAAGUGUGUGUGUGCUGGAGUUUUGUGUCGGCAGUGAGGACGGAGUAGAGGUAAUAAUUAUUUUUGAAUUUUGGUGUGGUUGUUUCAGGUUGAAGUUGGUCAUGGUGAUGAAGAAGAAGACAGUGGUUAAUCGCCGACGAAGCACAUGGUUGACGAUGAAGACGGAGUCCGAAAGUGGGAUCUGUAUUCGGUUACAAAGAUUGUAACCGGUUACACGUUUUCGAAGAUUUCCACGCCCUGGUGUAAUCGGUUACACGUGAACGUAACCGGUUACAGCUUGCUGUUAUGAUUGACGAAAUCAUGCACAAUCCAGUUCCAAUGGUGCAUUCCCGUCGUCAUUACUGAGGCUAUGGAUGGGUCCAGCGUGAAAGGGAGGAUGGAGAAGAGGGAGAUGAGGGAGAUUUGUGCAGGAUGAAGGUUUGUUUGUUGGAGGACAUGUGGUGGUGGUGGCCAUGGACGACUGGAAAUCUAAGUAGAGGUUGAUGGAGAUGGAGAGGGAGGUGGAGAGGAGGAGGAAGACGUUUCUGUGUAGGGUAAAGGCAAACUCUGUCCAUCAUCAUGAACCGUGUGCUUCGCCAGAAAAGGAAUCCAUGAAGCCCUACAUGCAGCAGCAACCCCACGACGUCGUGGGCGUCGACGGAAAUGGGUUCCCUGAACCUGUACAUGUUCAAGAAUAUGUUUUUUAAUUGCACGAGGCUAACCCUUUGUAUGUGUUGUAGGUUUUUGGAAAGAUUAACGUGCAGUUGGCAAGCUAAUAACUUCAUCUUAGGGAUAACUACUCUGACCAGAAGACGAUUGAAACACAGAUACUGAACUUUGUCUUAUACCAUGAGUAGAGCAUGUUUUGAGGUUGGAAAAAGGUUGGUGGCUGUAUGCGAGCAACGAUGUUGCAUUACCUUGUGUUCACCUUCAUAAAUGGUUGUGGUGAGGCAUUAUUUGAUGGUCAUUGAAGACGCAUGCUAAGAAAAGGUUUCGUGUGGAAUAGCUAAUGUUAUAUUUGAAUCUCUAGAAAAAAAAUAUUCAUCUUAUAUCUUACUGGGUGGUAGCAUUCUUUCUAUCUUCGUUGAAAUCUGCUGAAGAAAUCUUGAUAAGUUUGACAGUGAAAUAGGUAUAAAAUGAAUAGAGGUAAGGCAACAUACGUUCAGUCCUCUGCUCCUACUAGAGAGUUUAUGAAGUGGAUAGAGGACAUGGACGCACGUCUUCUACACUCUAUGAUUGAGGAAUCACGAAUCGGUAAUAGGGUUGACGGAAGCUGGACAUCCCAAGCAUAUAGUAACAUAGUUCAUCAUCUUCAUAGCUCUGGGUAUGUCGCAAUAACAAAAAAUAAUGUUAAAAAUCGUCAGAAAGUCUUGAAAGAUAAAUGGCGGGAGGUACAUGACUUGUUUUCUAGAUUGAGUGGAUUUGCGUGGAACCCGGUUAGUAUGACAUUCCACGCUGAGGAUGAAGUUUGGAUGGACCUCAUUCAGGUAUUUAUAAAAAUGCAAACAUUUUGUGGAUCCUUAUAACACAUAAUAUGAUGAACCAUUCUGUUUGUUGUAUUUGUUCUUUCAGUCCAGGCCAACUGCGGCAAAGUAGAGAGUUAAUAGUAUAAGACAUUAUGAUUUAAUGGUCGAGUUAUGGGCAGCUAAUCGAGCCACUAGGAGUGGUGUUUGGACUACUCGUCAAGCUCGUCGACAGCGGGUUGCUCCUCGUGUCAGUGUUGAUUUGAAUCAAAAUAUUGAGUACAUUCCUGAACAGCCUGAGUGGACGGGGUAUAGAGACCCAACUCCACCAUCACCUCCUCCAUCUGUGGAUGAAUAUAGUCCAGGACAGACUCAAUCUGUGCCUUCUGUCCCAUCCGGUGGAACUUCAUCUUCACGGGGCUCGAAAAGGAAGGCACCUAUGGUCGAUGUUAUUGAUUCUCAGUUUGAUAAGUUGACCACCAGCCUGGAUGGUUUCGUAAAUGUGCUUAGCUCAUCAAAUGUUCAUUUUGGUGUGAUCUCUGAUGCAGCCGUGCGUCAAGUGUCAGCAAUGGAAGAUAGAAAUAAAAUACUCCGUCGCAACCCGAAUUACACAUAUACAGAGGCGGACAUUUAUGAAAUGUUGACUUCUAUGAACAUUGCUGACGAGAAUUUGCUGGACCAAUGUUAUGAUUUCUUAUUUGUUCUCAUUAUUAAAUAUAAGUAAUUUUUUAUGACUUACUAUGUUGUUGUUUUCAUCAAUUACUUUGUUAUAGAAAUUGUCAAAUGGCCUCAUCAUCAACCAAAAGGCCAAGAAAAAGUCGUAAGGGAAAAUGAACCCUCACUAAAGCAGAAGAUGCAGCCGAUGUAAGACCAUCUGUAGAGGAACAAUUAGAUCAGCGUCGUUUCUUCACUCACAGUCAUCAAAUGGAAAAUUAUGCCGCUGAUUUCUAUACAAGGAGUAUAGUUGCUCCGAAGAUAAUGAAUUUUGAAUCAUUUACCGGUUCAGGGUUAUUUUUCCAACAACAACUUCUAUUUCAAGGGGUGGUCCAAUUUCUUACAUUACAGGGAUCCUACUAUCCAGAUUUAAUCAAAGUAUUUUAUUCAAAUCUAAAGAUUUCUGGAAAAGGAUAUUUGCUCAGUGAGGUAAAUAAGAGAAAAAUUAGAUUCAAACCUGCUGAUUGGUUGAAUGUUGCUAACUUGAAGUACGACAGUCAGAAAUUGUGUUAUUCAAAUAUCCCAGAGGACUUUCCAUAUGAUCGGGACAUGGCAUUAGCUACUAUGAUUAUACCAGAUUUGCAGGGUGGUCAAGGUGUUUUAACGGUUGGUUGUUUGAAUAUCAAUGAUAGGCUUCUGCAUUAUGUUACUGUGCAUAUGUUGACUCCACGACCUGGGAAUUUUGCUAGGUUAUUGCAGGAAGAUAUUUUUAUGAUAUGGGUGCUAAAAAAUAAUAUAGUAAUCAAUUGGCCUCAUCACAUAAUGCAGCAUAUGCUUAAAUGCAAGGGCAGUGACACACCCCUCCCAUACGGUGUCCUUAUGACACAUAUCAUGGCAUAUUGUGGAGUUAACGUUGAUGCCGAUGCCAACACUCAUAUAGGGUCUCGACAUCACUUUUCAAUCAAUUCUUUGAAGAGGAUGAAAAUUGUUAAUGUCAACAGUGUUUGGCAACACGACCUAGAUGAUGAUGAAGAAGAAGAACAACCAGACCAUCAUGAAAACCCUGUGCAGUCUCCUCGACCACUAUCAAAUCCUAAUAUGAUUAAUCAAAUGUGGGAAGGAGUACAAGACUUGAGACACAAAAUGCAGGGUAUGGAACUAAUGCAGGUACGGGUUCAACGUAUUGAAGAUAACUUGGCAAACCUUUCCCUAGACAUGAACCGCUAAUUUGCUCACCUCAAUCAAAAUGUGAACUUGAUUCUUCACCGUUUAGAUGAUUAAGAUCAUUAUAUUUCCGAUAAUGUAUUACAUGACUUGAAUUUUCUUAAAUUUCAAUGUAUGUGUUUCAAAUGUU